UCUUCCCAACCACACCCAUCGGUAGACCUCCUCCCUGGGCAGUGAGUGAGCCAUGAUUUCCCAUCAACACCCCACAUUUUUCGUAGAAAAAAAUAUAUCAUGUUUUGGAAAAGAUUGUACAUUACAGUGGUAGCAUUUGUUCUUAGCUUGUAUUUAUCAUUAGCAAAGGAUAAGCUUGUAUUUAUCAGUUAAAUUAAACCCUAAUUAAUAAUUUAGGGUUUAGGGUCUAGGCACCUCUUCCAUGAUAUCUCUGUUCACCAAAGCCUUAAUUGCCACUCGAUUCCUUCCCCGAACUCGAACUUGUCCUUCUAAACUAACAGCUAUUCAAACCAUGAGCUCCCAGUGCAUCUUCCAGCUCAAGCUUGACCCACUAACAGGUAACUCUGAAUGGGUAGUCAUUGAAGAAAACGACAACGAACAAAGCUUUCCCCAUAAUUUCAACCAACCCCUUCUCGCCACGACGUCGUAUUUGGACAUGCUCAACGACUCCACCAGAAACAGAGCAUUUCGUGAAGCCAUAGAGAAAACCAUCACCAAACCUUGCCACGUUCUUGAUAUCGGUGCUGGAACUGGUUUGCUUUCGAUGAUGGCUGCACGAGCUAUGGGCUCUUCUGGAAGGGUCACUGCGUGUGAGUCUUACCUUCCGAUGGUGAAGUUGAUGAAGAAGGUGCUGCGUCUUAAUGGGAUGGAGGGAAGAAUCAAGGUCAUCAACAAGCGCUCUGAUGAACUCAUUGUUGGCCUUGAUAUCCCUUCACGUGCAGAUGUACUUGUAAGCGAGAUUCUAGAUUCAGAAUUAUUAGGUGAGGGGCUUAUACCGACCCUACAACAUGCGCAUGACAAUUUGUUGAUGGAAAACCCUCUGACUGUGCCAUAUCGAGCAACUACAUAUGGACAGCUGGUUGAAAGUACAUUCUUAUGGAAGCUGCAUGAUUUGCAUAACAAUGAGGCUAGUGCAUCUGAUGGCAUUCGUCUUACCCCUCCCGAACUUGAUAGUGUUUUGAGUGUCAAACGUCAGCAAUAUGCCAUGCAUUGUGAUCCAAUAGGAGAAGAAAUAAAGCCACUUUCAGAACCCUUCAAAAUUUUUGAAUUUGAUUUUUGGAAACGGCCAGAGAGUUAUGGAGAAACUGAGCUGUGCAUAAAGGCAACUAAUGAUGGUAGAGCUCAUGCUGUGGUCUCUUGGUGGGUACUUCAACUUGAUCGUGAAGGGACAAUCUAUUAUUCCACUGCCCCUAGGUGGAUAAGCUCGCCAACAAUUACAAGUCCUGUUGAUUGGUGUGACCACUGGAAACAGUGUGUUUGGUUUGUUCCAGGCAGUGGUAUUUCCAUAUUGAAAGGGGAAGGAAUUCAUUUACGUGCUACUCAUACUGACACUAGUAUCUCAUAUAAUUUAGAUACCCAAGUUCCAACAACUAAGGUUUUGCAUCAGGGGCUGACGACUGGAGAUUUGCAGCUUGUACUGCCUCCAGAAAGGGCUGCAAUCUAUGGAGACAAAGGAUGGAGGCUUUCAAUGUUAAAAGCCAUUGAAAGUGGGGGAAGAGGUCGCUCAUUAUGUUUGGUUGCAGAUGAUAGUAUAUUUUUACCGCUUCUUAUGGCAAAUCUUUCAGAAGCACCACAUGUGAUAUCAUUACUUCCGGGGUUGAAGGAAAGGGGCCUCCAUUAUUUGCAAGCCGCUGCCUGUGCUAAUCGUUUGUCACCUAAUUGCAUUGAAGUUCUUGAAAAAAGGGUGAAACAGUUAACCAUGCAUGAUACACACCAGAAAAAGGUUGAUCUGUUAAUAGCAGAACCUUUCUAUUUGGGACAUGAUAGCAUGCUUCCAUGGCAGAACCUACGUUUUUGGAAGGAUCGUACUACACUUGAUUAUAUCCUAUCUGAAGAUGCUCUGAUAAUUCCUAGUAAAGGAAUAUUGAGGGCUUGUGCCAUCUCUCUCCCUGAUCUUUGGAAAAGUCGUUGCUGCGUGAGUAAGAUAGAAGGUUUUGACCAUUCGGUUGUAAAUGCCACAUUGGGGGCUUGCGGUCAUCUACCUGAAUUGGAAGAGGGUCCUUGUCUGCCUUUUUUUGUGUGGCAAUGUGGAGAAUUUGACGUGCUUAGUGAGACAUUUGAUGUGAUGGAGUUUGAUUUCUCAAAAAAAAUAUGCCAAUGUCAAGGAAAAUCCCAGGUUAAAUUCACCAAGACUGGAGUAUGUCAUGGGUUUGUCCUAUGGAUUGACUGGGUGAUGGGUUUGCAAAAUUCUGUUGUGAUAUCUACUGGUCCAGAUAAGAGAUACUGGAAGCAGGGAGUAAAGCUUCUUGCAACACCUAGAACAGUAGGACCCGAAAGAUCGAGAAAUGACCAAGCAUGUUGUUCUGCAGUUCUUGAAGCGUUUUUUGAUCCAUCAGAGGGGGAACUCAAAAUUAUACCUGAUUUUUUAUGAUGCUUUUUCACUCAAGCCGUUAUUUAUUGCUCUGGCUCGACAGAUCUUUCUCAAUCAGUGGCAGACAAAAUAGAUGGACUAAUGCUUAUACGCUGCACAUGUUUGCUGCUACGCUAAGAUCUGGUGGGAUUAUAUGAAUUUCACAUAGGAGGACAGGCUGGUAGUUUGAUGGAGCAGCAGUUGUAAUGGAGGGAGAAAUAGCGGUCAAGAAGGCUAUUGCGCUCAUGGCAAGCAUACCGGUCGUAAAAGUAAUAAAAUAGUGAGUAAAAUAUUGUUCCCACAGGAUUUGGGGCUCCAAAUACUAUUUUUACUAUUUUGCUUAAGCUGGACAAAUCAAAAGUUGGUUUGGGAAUAGUAAUUUUUAAUUGAUGGAAAGUCAAUUAAAUAAAGUA